UGCUCGCCCGAAAUAAUUGGUGGUACCGAUCGCAAGUUCGCGAGCAAAGCAAGCAGCUCGUCCGCUUGUCCGGCUAACAAUGGCUGCUGCUGCUGCCGCCGUCGCCUCCUCCUCGUCGCCACUCUCUCUCUUCUCCUGUUUCUCUUCCUCCUCUUCAUCCUCAAAAUCACCAUCUCACUCUCCAAGAUUAAUAAGAGCUUUCGGCCCCAAUUUCUCCACCUCCGUUCCUCCGAGAUUACUCCUAAAGAGAUCUGAUAAGUCGAUUGCAUGCCCCUCCCGAAUCUUUCUCCUCCUCCAGAGAUUAACGCCGAUCGCGGCGACCAGUGGGCUGUUCGAAUCCGUCAUCACCGUCCUCGCUUCCGUCGCCCUUUCCGCGUCGCUCCUCGUCUCCGACGUCGACCCAGCCUCCGCCUUCGUCGUCACCACCCCGAGGAGGCUCCAAUCCGACGAGCUCGCCACCGUGCGGCUCUUCCAGGAGAACACCCCCUCCGUCGUCUACAUCACCAACCUCGCCGCGCGGCAAGAUGCCUUCACGCUGGACGUGCUGGAGGUGCCGCAGGGCUCCGGCUCGGGCUUCGUCUGGGACAAGGACGGCCAUAUCGUGACCAACUACCAUGUCAUCCGCGGGGCAUCCGACCUCAGGGUUACUUUGGCUGAUCAGACCACAUACGAAGCAAGAGUCGUCGGAUUUGACCAAGACAAGGAUGUUGCUGUCUUGCGCAUUGAUGCACCCAAGGAAAAGUUGCGACCCAUACCGGUUGGCAUCUCAUCGGACCUGCUAGUGGGUCAAAAAGUUUAUGCCAUUGGCAAUCCUUUUGGCCUGGAUCACACGCUUACUACCGGUGUUAUCAGUGGACUUCGGAGAGAAAUAAGCUCUGCUGCCACCGGACGUCCUAUACAGGAUGUAAUACAGACUGAUGCAGCUAUAAAUCCUGGUAAUAGUGGUGGUCCACUGCUUGAUAGUUCCGGAAACUUGAUAGGCAUAAACACAGCGAUAUACUCCCCCUCUGGAGCAUCCUCUGGUGUUGGAUUUUCCAUUCCAGUUGAUACAGUCAAUGGUAUCGUUGAUCAGAUUGUAAAAUUUGGAAAAGUUACACGACCUAUAUUAGGAAUCAAAUUUGCACCAGAUCAGUCAGUUGAACAGCUUGGAGUUAGUGGAGUGCUUGUCUUGGAUGCUCCUGCAAAUGGUCCAGCUGGAAAAGCGGGCCUGCAACCAACCAAGCGGGAUGCAUAUGGCCGGCUUAUUUUGGGAGAUAUCAUUACAUCAGUGAAUGGUAAAAAAGUCACAAAUGGCAGUGAUUUGUAUCGAAUCUUGGAUCAAUGCAAAGUUGGUGAUACGGUGACUGUGGAAGUUCUGCGUGGUGAUCACAAAGAGAAAAUCUCUGUAGUGCUUGAGCCAAAGCCUGAUGAGUCAUAAGAAUUAGCAUAAUGGCUACUCAGCAUUUUUACAAAUCCUAAUUGGGACUUUCUGCUCCAUGUUAGUUGUUUGUACUUGUACAUAAUGUGGCGUCAAAGGAGUUUCCGUUGUAUCAUGUACUUAGAUUCAUAUUAAGGAAAGGCUUAUCUGUACAUUAUGACUACUGGCAA